AUGGCAAAAGUCGAUCCCUCAAAGGGUAGUCUCAAGGAAGCAGAUCCCGCAAACUCUGCGAACCAGGCUACAAAUCGACUUACCCAGCUCUCAUCGCACCUAUCGCCAAACCCGCCAAACCCGCCUAACUAUCGCAAUACAAAAAACAAAAAAACCAAGAAGAAACAGACAACCCUCCCAGCGGACUACUCGGACGUUUUCGGUCAACUUGACACCCUCCGUACCUUAGCAGCAACCCCCGACGUCAAAAACAGAGGCUAUAUCCGACAAAAGCAGGCAGGAAAACUAUGGGUUCGUGAGCGUAUCGAUCUACUCCUGGACCCGGGAACUUUUCGCGAAAUAGGAUCCGUCAGCGGCACAGUGACAUGGAAGCAGACCAGUCCCCUGACGGAGACACCUGUGGCAUUUACACCCAGCAACAAUUUGCAGGGUAUGGGGAAGUUAUGGGGUCGACCAAUAGUCUUCACGGCGGAUGACUUCAGUAUCCGCGGUGGACAUGCAGAUGGCGCGACGGCGGAGAAGACAAUGUAUGUAGAGAAGAUGGCAGUUGCCAUGAAAUUGCCAAUUGUGAAGCUGGUGGAUGGGAGUUCGGGGGGUGGGAGUGUAACGACUAUUCGGAAGGAGGGGUGGUCGUAUGUGCCGCAUGUUCGUUCGUUUGGUCCGAUGGUUGAGCAGCUUAAUGCUGGGGUGCCAAAUCUGGGGGCGGUCCUUGGGCCAGCGAUUGGGCUAGGAGCAGCGAGAGUAGUUUCCUGCCAUUUCUCAGUCAUGGCUGCAGAUGUAGGGGCUCUCUUCAAUGCCGGUCCAAAGGUCGUUGAAGGGGCCACCUUUGAGGAAGAUCUUGAUUUCCAAGAUUUAGGCGGUCCAUUGAUGCAUUGUACAAACGGUACAAUAGAUAAUCUUGCCGCAAACGAAAAAGAAUGCUUUGAGCAGCUUAGAACUGUUCUGGGAUACUUGCCUAACUCAGGCAAUGAGUCACCACCUGUGGUUCCGUGUAAUGACCCAGAAGACAGACAAGACAUUGGCCUUCGAACAAUCAUCCCACGACGGCAGACAAGAAUGUAUAAUCCCCGAACAAUCAUCACUUCUGUGAUAGAUCAAGGAUCCUGGUUUGAAAUCGGAGCACUAUGGGGAACGACAUCCAUCACUGGUCUUGCUAGACUGGGAGGUCGACCCGUUGGAAUCAUCUCUUCGAACUGUGAAGUCAACAGUGGUGCAUUAGAUGCAGCAGGAAGUCAGAAACUAACCCGAUUAUUGAAACUUUGUGACGUGAUGAACCUUCCAAUCCUUCAAUUUGUUGAUGUCCCUGGAUAUGCCAUUGGCACCGUAGCAGAAAGGACAGCAACUAUGCGAUGGGGGGUAGAGCUUGGUAAGACUUAUUUUUCCACAACAACCCCCAUUUUUAGUGUUAUUACAAGGAGAGUGUUUGGUGUGGCUGGCGGUAUUAUGGUUGGAUGUCGAGAACCCGCAAUGCAAAUCGCGUGGCCAUCCGGACAGUGGGGUUCACUGCCCUUGGAUGGAGGAAUUGAAGUUGGUCAUCGCCACGAGUUGAGAGAGGCAGAAAAAGUGGGCAAAAAAGCAGAACGAUACAAGGAGCUCGAGGAGGAAUAUCUGCGCCUCAUGAACCCCGUUAGGACCGCGAAUGCAUUUGGCGUGGAAGAAAUUGUUGAUCCGAAGGACACACGAUUGAUAUGCUGUGCAUGGGCGAAGCGUGUAUAUGACAUCCUUAUCCCUGAGCGCCUGUCGGAUCGAGCAAAUGGGAGGAUUCACCCAAAUUUCUUUUAA